AUGUAAUAAUUGCACCCCAACCUAUUUGUCAAGGUCUCACACAAUACAACUGCCAUCCACUUACAGAUCUUCCAUCAUAAAUGCUUUUGUCACUACUAUCUCCACUUAGCCUUUAAAUUAAUUAUUCCCAAUUUCCCUCUCAAUAUAAAUCCCACAAUUCCUUCUUUUACUCCCUUAUUUUCCUUCUCAAAAAAGUAAAAUGAAGAACUCAAUAGCUCUCAUCUUCACUCUUUUAACUUUCAUGUUCAUCACAAUUACUCUCACUUUUGCUACUAAAAAUGAUGACAAUAAUGGAUUCAAUAUCCCUGGAUUUGGGCCUAGUGGUGGAUUCAAUAUCCCUGGAUUUGGGCCUGGAGUUGGAGGAGGAUAUGGUGGUGGAUUUGGAGGCCCAAAAGGAGGGUAUGGUAAAGGUGGGACGAUAAGGCCUACUAUUGUUUGCAAAGAUAAUGGCCCAUGUUUGGGUAAAAAAUUGAGAUGUCCAUCAAAGUGUUUCAAUUCAUUUAGUAGAAGUGGAAAAGGGUAUGGUUAUGGUGGUGGAGGUGGUGGAUGCACUAUGGAUUGCAAGAAGAAAUGUGCUGCUUAUUGUUAAUUAAAAAAAUUAUAUAUGAAUAUGGCUUAGCUUAGCCAACUAAGUACUAAUUAAUAUAUAGUAAUAUUUAUUAUAUAUGUUUAGUUCAUGGAAGUUGAUGAUGGUGUUUUGGUUAGAAUUGAGUUUUGUGAAAACUCUAUGUAUGCAGCUAUGUUUCUGCAAUUAUUAUUAUAAUAUAUAGUGUAGUAGAUUAAUUAUGAGA